AUGGGUGGCGCAAACCGUGAAGGCGGCAAGGCCAAGCCUCUCAAGGCUCCCAAGAAGGGCAACAAGGACCUCGACGACGACGACAAGGCUUUCCUCGAGAAGAAGCGCGCCGAGGAGAAGGCAAAGAAGGAGAUGGCAGACAAGGCCAAAGGCAAGGGACCUCUUAACACAGGUACCCAGGGUAUCAAGAAGAGCGGAAAGAAAUGA